UUCUAGCUGAGGAAGGGAAGAAAGGGAGCAGUGAGAGAGAAGAGGGCGGAUCCUCAGGGAACAGGUGCUUAAAAAGGAAUCAGGUAGGCUUCAGCAUACAGGAGAUCUCUCAGCUUCGAUCCGACCAGUCAGAAACAAGGACGUCCUUAAGGAUGAAGGCUGUGCUUUCUGUUGUUUUGGUGUUGGUGGUCAUUUCCUCCACCAUUGCCAAAUACAUCCCAAAAUCUGGCAAGAGGAUCCCACAGACUCUGUCAAGAGGAUGGGGUGACCAGCUGAUCUGGGCUCAGACGUAUGAAGAGGCUCUCUACUGGUCAAGGUCAAGGAAUAAGCCUCUAUUGGUCCUGUUUCACCUUGAGGACUGUCCACACAGCCAAGCACUGAAGAAGGUCUUCUCUGAAAACAACGAGAUCCAGAAAAGUCUUGAUGAGGAUUUCAUCGUUCUCAAUCUAGUGUAUGAAACCACAGACAAGCAUCUGUCUCCUGAUGGACAAUAUGUUCCACGGAUCCUUUUUGUUGACCCCUCAAUGACUGUGAGGGCUGAUAUCAACGGUCGCUACUCGAACCGCAUGUAUGCGUAUGAAACAGGUGACAUCAACCUCUUGAUAAGCAACAUGCAGAAAGCCAAGAAGCUCCUGAAGGCCGAACUGUGAGGACCAGGACUGAACCCAGUUUCCCUUCACCCUGUGGUGAAGGGAUAGCACACAAAACUAAAUACUGGAAAGUUUCCACUCUUUACCUUUGACAUUUAUUUUUUUCAUCUUGAGUAACUUUACUGAUACAUAAAAUUUUUGAAGCGAAUUGUUUGGACAUAUAUUUGAUUUAUGUUGAUCAAAUAAAGGCUUGUUUAUUAAUGAACUGUA